AGAAGUCGCGAUCCCACAAUAUUUACCAAAAGUCUCUGACUCAACGGUUUGCUCCUGAAAGUUCCAGUCCAUAAAAAUGCUUUCGCAGCAGAGAGUGGUGAUGCCAAGGCAGCCCGGCGCCUUCCGCUCAGGGAAGGCAGUCGCGCGGCCUGUUCGGCGUCCGAUUAUUAAGACGACUGCGAUGCUGAAGGUGAUGAUCAGCGGCGCGCCUGCUGCUGGAAAGGGAACUCAGUGUGCCAAAAUUAUUGACAAGUACAACUUGGUACAUAUUUCGGUGGGUGAUAUCCUCCGUGACGAGGUAAAGAAUGGCACGGCUGCGGGCAAGAAGGCGAAGGACUUCAUGGACCGGGGCGUGCUGGUCCCAGACGAGGUGGUCGUGGAGAUGGUAAAGUCUCGCCUGGCUCAGGACGACGUUAAACAGCGCGGCUGGCUGCUGGACGGCUACCCUCGGAGCGCGUCGCAGGCGGAGGCCAUUGAGAAGGAGGGCAUCCGACCGGAUCUUUUCCUCCUCAUCCAGGUGCCGGAUGAACUUCUUGUGGAGCGGGUUGUCGGGCGACGCCUGGACCCUAUGACUGGCGCCAUCUACCACCUCAAGUACAACCCGCCGCCACCGGAGAUUGUUGGUCGUUUGCAGCAACGCAGCGAUGACACAGAGGAGAAGUGCCGCGUGCGUGUGGAUACCCACAACGCCAAUGUGGGCGCCGUGGUGGGCUACUACACGGACGUCAUGAAGGAGAUUGAUGGUACCAAGUCCAUGGACGCGGUGUUCCAGGACAUCUCCGCUGCUCUGGACGAGGUUAUCACUAAGAAGGAUCCCCUGGAGGCGUACUGCAAGGACGCACCGGCGGCCGACGAAUGCAGGGUUUACGAGUGAAGGGCGUGCGAGGGGGAGACUGUUGCAUGGAGAGUUGGUGAUUCUUUCGUGUCGUGAGUAUUGCCAAGAUGACGAUAUAAAUUUAUUGUCGUGCAGGGAUUUGGUUAUCCUGCUGAAGCAGGCUGGGCAGAGGUUCUAGCUUACGCGAGGGGCAGGACAUGGAGUGUACGACUGUUUUUUCGGACCAUCGGCAUGGACUCUGUGUUCCCACAGCCGUUGAUCGACAUUUGACCUUACAAAUAAAUUAUUUGGCGGUCAUUGCGGUGCACCACGGAUUUGUAUUGCGAAUGGUGCCGACGGAUGGUGCAAAAUUACACGUCGGCAAGCAUUAUUCGGUAUUUUUCGUGCCGAACUUGUACCGAAUUUCGGUACUGAAGUGCCGUACCCUAGUCGAUCCUUUGCUUGAAGAGAUAAGCUCGCUGGCCGC